AUUCUUUGCAGAGUCUGUAAAACGCAGAGGUUGUUCUUCCACACAGAUAUAAUGUUGGUGUUAGACAGAAGAGGAAGGACGUUAUGGUGGCAGAGCUACUGAGAAACGUGAUUAACGUUUGAUUAGUAGGGGAUUUCAGCCAUGCGGAGAUCCUGUCCCACUCUGUAUAAAUGAGGAGUGCUGGUCACUCAUCCAGCACUGGACUCCUCCCUCCUCUCCUCAGCUCCGUCUCUCUGGGUGAAAUCUCUUCUGCUAGAAUGAGGACUCUGUCUGCUCUGCUGAUGGUGCUGCUGCUCUGCUCUCUCCAGCAGAUGGUCUACUGUGGAACUGAAGCCCUUGGCUCUGAAAAUGAUUGCUGUCAGAAGCCGACUGUGUUGCGGAAGCUUCCCUUGGCACGCAUUGAAUCCUACAGCCUGACCAGCAGCAAAUGUCCCAUAAACGCUGUUGUGUUUCAGAUGGUUACUGGAAAGAUCUUCUGUGUGGAUCCUUCCUGGGAUUGGGUCAAAAGUCACAUGAAAGCAGUGGACCAGAAAAAAGCAUCUACAGCAUCAAAACUCUAAACGUCCUCCAAACCCUGAAGCUGAUCAUGUGAAGGCUGUUGAAUUUUAUAUACAGUACAUUUAUGCAGUGUUUAUACAGUAAAACAGUAAAAUUUUAUACAUGCAUUUUUCACAGUUGAUGUUUUAGUGACUUAAUAGUAAUAUAAUAGAUUAACAUAACAUAGUUAUGACAUUUUUAUAACAUAGUUUAUGUAAAUUGAACAUUUUAGAUGGUUUGUAAGAGGUUUACAGUAAAGCCAAAUGGAUUAUGGAUUAGUAUAAAUUAAAGCCUCUUCUGAUGAUGAAACUG